AUGGAUGAAGACUGGCGUGGUUCACAGGCUGCUUCACGCUGUCCUUUUUUAAAUCCAAAUGCUGAUUUAGAUACCAUUAUUUCACAUAAUGUAUUAUUUUGUGAUCGAUGUCGUGACGAACAAAUGUUAGAGAAAACGAAAGGCGAAGAGAUUCUGUUUGUUAACAAUCCACCAUAUUGGGCGUUGCCACCAAAACAUGGAAGAUCUCGUGAUAAUGAAGAUGAUAAUGAAUCAAUCUCAUCAAAAGACUUCUCUCAAAGAAAGCAAGGAAUUACCAGCGCUUGUGGUUCACGCAUGCAGGGUGAAAAAUUAGAAAGCACUGGGAAUUUGAGAAAGUGGAGAAAAGAAGAUGAGGUACAAGAUACUCUGAGAGCAAGCCAUAAAGCUGCUAGGUCAGCAAAACAAGAAUCAGGAAAACGGGAAGCAAGAGUACCAACUAACAUUGCACUUCAUAAAUUGGCCAAGCAAGGUUAUUCGAAAGAGGAAGCGCUGCAAAAAUAUGUUGAAAAGCAACGCGAAAAAGCCCAUCCCAAAUCAGAGGACGACAGAGUUCAAAUUGAUCGAGAAGAUAUGCCUUGGGCACCACCAUUUCCAAAAAUGCUGCGGAAAUAUCGUUCGAUUAUUCAAAAGCCGAUUGAUCAUCAGCGUUAUGUAGCUAUUGUAGCGAACUUUCUAAAUGCUAAUCAUUCGCAGCCACGCUUUCAGCAGAAUCGACAGGAAGUGCGAGUUAUGGAUGAAAAAUUAAAGGAUGAGCGUAUGCAAUAUCAAAAAUUAGUCUUACAAAGUCUUCGCUCUAGAAAAAAAUCAGUAUACAUUUGUAACAAUCAACGGGCUAUCUCUUAUAUUUUGGAUCGGUUAAGGUUUCAUGCAUCAUCAUUGCAUAGUCAAUAUGGUCCACCAAUCUAUGAUGAAGAGAUGAAAGAUUUAGUAGUUGAUGCACUAACAGUUUUAACGAAAAAGGCAGUACUUUAUCGGGGCAAAGUGCCAAAAAUUAUUUUACCAAACGAAAGACGUCGUUUCGUAUUUAAUCGUUUAGUGGAAGAUAUAUCGGCGCAAUAUCCACCAACCGAAAAAACAAAAUAUCCGCUUGAGUCCGAUGAAUUUGCAAUGCAUUUAGCCGUCAAAUAUGGCGUACGUGUUGUAAUGUGCUCAAGUAGUGCUUUGAAAAUAUUGUGUAAUCCAUGGAUCGCUGAUUCCUCCACAUAUCUGAUACCGGUUGUAGUGAAACGAAGCUUUAGUGAGAGAACGAACCGUUUUGAAAACGUAUGUCUUGUCAGUAAGCCGUGCAUCGAAACGUCUAUCAAUGGUCCAUCAUUAUGGCGACGAUAUUUGAAGUUUUCUGUGAAGUUAGCAAUUUAUGGUGAUUUAAAGAAAGGCACAGAUGAAAAAAUGUCAGCAAAAACAGGUGGACGCCAGCGAGCUAGCCGUUCAAAAAUGGAACAAGGAAGUCAAACGAAACAAGAAGCAGGUGAUGAAAAUAAUUUGGUAAUUGCUGAUGAAGUUGCUGAUAGCGAGGAAACACCUUCAAAUUUACCGUCAGAUACAGGUAGCAGAAAAGAAGAGAAUAACAGUCAAAAUGUAAAAACUACUGUUAUACCAUCAUCACCAUUUUCUACAGGACCAGUUUGUGAUGACAUUCUUGGUGAUAUUAUGAAUGAAAUGGACACUACGAGUAAUAAUAUUGCAAGCUCUUACGGAGAAUUGGACCAGGAUUCUGAUGUUUCGUCAUUUAAUGGUGCUGAUCUCAAUAAGCGUUACACUUUAUUUUCACUUGGGCAUGAUGGAAUGCAGGAUGUUGAUCUAAUUAUACGUGCCAAUAACGACGGUAUUGAUGGAAUGGGAAAUGAGCUGAGUGUUGUUCACAAAAUUGAAUAUGCCGCAGAAUUUGGUGCUGAGAGAGUGGAUGAUGAAGAAUGGCUGUAUGAUUAUUUUCGCUGCAAAUUAAAAUGUGCCUCACAACUUGUUCGCUUAAGAAUACAUUAUUUGGAGCAGCACUUUCUUCAAAAGGAACGUUACAACGAAAAUAUGUUAACUGCAAAUCGACCGGAUCUACGAAAACUUGCUGAAGAACGGACACAAUGGUUAAAAAAGAUAGUCGUGAAAUUAGAAUCUCUUCAACCGGGCAACUAUCUAAUUCGGAAAGAAUCGAACAGAUUGCAAAUUUUACUUCCAACAGAUGACGUCAAUAAUACAUAUCUGACAGAAAAACAGUUGAAGGAGCUGCAUUUUGACGAACGUUUACCGCCAGUUGAAGAAGUUUUCCGUGGAAUUGAUGAGCAUUUAGUGCUUGUGUAUCACAUUGUGCAAAAACGAAUACCAGCCUCAUUUGGACCCAAAAAAGAUGGUGUCAUACUGAGAAAUCCACGAAAUGAACAAACUAGUAAUGCAAUAUUAUAUGACAGUAAUCAAAAGAUUUAUCGCCAACAGUCUAAGGAUGUUGAUGAUGUGUUUGAUGGCUCGUUGCAGAACGAAUCAAGUGGCACACAAGAAAAUGUAUCGUCAUUAAUUCAUCAGUCUAGAAGACAAAGACAAAGAAAACGUAAUUAUUCGAAAAGGAGCUGCAGAGGAGAUUCGAGAACUCCUAGUAGUAGCAAAUGUCGAUUCAUCGAUUUUGAUGCACCUCAGGGAUCACAAGCGCUUUAG